AUGUGCCUGACCACUUCAACGGCCCUUCGUAUUGAGCCAGCUCUUCCUCUCACCAUCUCUGUGAACCAGACCCAAAUCUUCACUUGGUUUCGUACCGACGACCACUCUCCACCCAACAUCGACCUCAGGGCCAUUCCGAUCACUGGUAGCCAGACUCAAUCCCUUAAAAAUCACGACUAUGUUACCGGUUCCAGGACGACUCCAUCUGUUGAUAUUCGUUCCACACUCCCAGUGGAACAUCCCGGCUCGGAGAACGGGACCGUCUCAUUGACAUUUACCAGUGCAACGUCAUUCUUGAUUGUAGGAGUGAGACAGCUGGUCCCCAAAGAGAGCCCGUUCUUUACUGCGAGUGGAGCAGUGUUAGUGACUAUCGGAACAACCAGUAACGCCCACACCGAGACCACCCAGACAUCGGCUACAUCUACUACUACCGAUGCGAGCACAAACACCCUGAGUAUGGGGAGUCCAAUGCCGAUGUCCACACCGACUGUUCCUCCCACGACUGCGGUCCCCUCGACGUCUAUCUUUCCAACAUCUCAGCCAAUUUUUCCACCAUCUCAGCCAAUCUUUCCAACAUCUCAGCCAGAGAACGCACGACCUCACAAGUCGAAUCCCGGUGCUAUUACUGGUGGCGUGUUGGGCGGACUCGUCGUGCUUGUGGUUGCUACCGUGACCCUCUUCUUUAUCUUAAAACGCAGAAAAAAAAAGCUGAAACAUAACCUUGAUCCAACCCCUUACUUGGAUACGACGCCAUCUUCCAGUUCCGAUGCACCUUACAUCAAUAUUAGGGAACAAAAAAUGCAGAUGAUUGCACAAAGGGAACGCCUGGAGCGUGAGUUAGAUGCCUAUGAACAAUCAUCUCGAGAGUCGGACUCAACAAGUAGGGGUGUUCCCGACGAUAUUAAUGACACCGAUCAUGUCGUACAAGUGCUUCGUCGUCAGAUGGAGGUUCUAACACAGAGAAUAGCGACUGUGGAGGCAGGGAUGGCACCACCUGAUUACAGCUCUGGCACUGUUACUCCAACCUAG